CGUUCCGAACUUCCGAAGUUUUCAACAGAGGAUAUUAUGAUGUUCUGUCUGUAUAAAAAAUAUAUGUACAAUUUUGGAUUAAAUAAAAUAUGUUCAUUAUCCUUUGACAAAUUAUCUGAAAUGUUCUCAGAAAGAACCAUAAUGUUCCACGAAUGAAUUCAAUUCAAUCGUCAAAAGUUGGAGGGUGGAAUGACAAAGAAAUGUCAUAUUCACCUGAAAUUGUGAUAUCUCGUAUUUUUAUCAUUACCAUGAAAUGCUAUGUGUGUUACAAUUAGCAUUGAUCACCCAUAACCUCACUCAUUAUCCAAUGCUCAGUAAAAUCAAAAUUUUAGUUUAAAUUUGAUCAGCUUUACUGUUCCCAUUAAUCUGUACGAUAAGGCUGGAGUGAUGCCAUCCGUUCAAAGACCUGGCAGUCUGAAAGAUCCCGAAGUAGCCGAGUUAUUUGAUAAAGAAGACCCGGAAAAAAUUUUCGAAGAUUUGAGAGAAAUCGGACAUGGAAGUUUCGGUGCUGUGUAUUACGCGAGAUGUUUACUUACCAGAGAAAUCGUCGCCAUCAAGAAGAUGUCCUAUGUUGGCAAACAGACGAUGGAAAAAUGGCAAGAUAUCCUGAAAGAAAUCCGAUUUUUGAAACAAUUAAGUCAUCCUAACACUAUUCAAUAUAAAGGUUGUUUCCUGAAAGAUCACACGGCAUGGCUCGUAAUGGAGUAUUGCCUUGGAUCAGCUUCCGAUAUUAUUGAAGUACAUAAAAGACCUUUGAAAGAAGAGGAAAUAGCUGCAAUUUGCGAAGGAGUAUUACGUGGGCUUCAUUAUCUUCAUAGCUUAGGCAGAAUACAUCGUGACAUAAAGGCCGGUAAUAUCCUGCUGACUGAAAAUGGCACCGUGAAAUUAGCUGAUUUUGGCUCCGCUAGUAUUAAAUGUCCGGCCAAUAGUUUCGUGGGUACGCCUUAUUGGAUGGCACCUGAAGUCAUUCUAGCCAUGGAUGAAGGCCAGUACGAUGGUAAAGUUGACGUAUGGUCUUUGGGUAUCACAUGCAUUGAAUUAGCCGAACGUAAACCGCCGUAUUUCAAUAUGAAUGCAAUGAGUGCCUUGUAUCAUAUCGCUCAAAAUGAUACGCCCGUUUUACAGUCUCCCGAGUGGACCGAUAUAUUUAGACAUUUUGUUGAUUCGUGUUUGCAAAAGAAUCCCACAGAAAGACCUUCCGCUGGAAAAUUACUAUCCCAUCAAAUGGUUACCCGUCAUCGCUCUCCUCACGUGUUGAUAGAUUUAAUUCAACGAACCAAAGCCGCAGUUAGAGAUUUGGAUAAUUUAAAUUAUCGUAAAAUGAAGAAAAUCUUGAUGAAAGAUGCUUGUGAAACUGAAAGCACAGUUGAUGCCGACGAUACGCCCGAUGAUCAAACGGGUGGUGAGAGUAGUAAGAGUAAUAGUAUCACCUCGGAGCAUUCUAUGCAAUCUGGUGUUAGCGCAUCGUCACAAAGUAGUUCCACCAAUAGUCUACCUCCAGCGAUGGAAAAUAUCAAUUAUAUGGAGAAUAACAACAGUAGCAUGACAUCGAGCAGAAGCAGACAUAAGAUGAGUAAUCUAGUUGGAAUGGGUGAACCAAGCGGUGGUAUUAAUAAUUUCGCCACAAUACGAACCACCUCAAUUGUAACCAAGCAACAAAAGGAGCACAUGCAAGAAGAAAUGCACGAGCAAAUGUCCGGAUAUAAACGUAUGAGAAGGGAACAUCAAGCUGCUUUAUUGAAGUUGGAAGAACGCUGCAAAGUAGAAAUGGAUAAUCAUAAACAACUGUUGGAUAAAGAAUACGAAUCGCUUCUGCAACAGUUUAGCAAAGAACUGGAAAAGCUGCAAAUGAAACAUAAUCAAGACUUAGAAAGAAAGUUGAAACAAAACCUCGCCUCUGAGAAAAAAUUAAUUAAAGAAAUAACAAAUCGUCAAGCUGCUGAUAAGAAAAUGUUCGACGCCCAACGUCAGAAAGAAUAUAAAAUUACCAAAGAGAGAUGGAAACGUGAAUUAUCGUUAGAUGAAUCGACACCAAAGAGACAACGCGAUGCUACAUUACAAACCCAAAAAGAAAAUCUGAAACAAAUCGAAGCUCAGGAAGAACAACGAUUGGUACGCGGACAAAAGGAUUAUUUAGAGAUAGAAGUGAGAAAAUACAAACGAAAAAAGCUCCUGUCUUUGCAUAUUUUUGAACAAGAGCUUUUACGCGAAGAAUUGAAUAAACGUCAGCAACAAUUAGAGCAAGCUCACUCUAUGCUAUUAAGACAUCACGAAAAAACUCAAGAACUGGAAUAUCGUCAACAAAAAGCAGUGCAUCAAUUACGCGAAGAACAAGUCCAAAGGCAGCACGAUACCGAGCUGCAUAAUCAGCGUGAGUACAUGCAAAGAGCUCAAAGAGAAUUGCGCAAAAAGCACGCUCUUCAAUUGAAACAGCAACCUAAAAGUCUCAAGCAAAAAGAGAUGCAGAUUAGGAAACAAUUUCGAGAAACGUGUAAAAUACAAACACGACAAUAUAAAGCUCUGAAAGCUCAGAUAUUAUCCAGCACCAGCAAAGACGAACAGAAGACUGUUAUUAAAAAACUAAAGGAAGAACAGAGAAGAAAAUUAGCUCUCCUGGGCGAUCAAUACGAACAGAGUAUUGCCGAAAUGCUUCAAAAACAAUCUAUACGCUUAGACGAAUCGCAAGAAUUAGAAUGUCAUCGUUUGAAGGAACGUUUGCAUUACGAAUUGGAAAUAUUGAUGGCGUAUCAGUCGAAAAAUAAAAUGCAAGCUGAGGCGCAACGAGAUCGCGAAAGAAAAGAACUAGAGGAUCGGGUUUCUGUUAGGCGAGCUCUUCUUGAACAAAAAAUGGAAGGAGAAACGCAACAAUUUUUGCAAGAACGAACCGAAAGAAUACGGUUGAUUCACGAAAGACAAGAACGUGACUUGGAACAAUUUGACGAAGAAUCUACUCGAUUAGGAUUCAGCGCAAUGAUGAUAGCCGAAGCCUCAAGAGAAACAUAUCCAGAUGAAGAAAGUCUUUCCGGUAGUGUUUUAAGUUUAGCUCAUAGCAAUAGUUCGUGUUCCUUCCCGGACGGUAAUCUGUAGUUUGAACUUAAUUAGGUAUACUGAGAUGCAAGCAUUAAAGAUUGAGCUUCGUUGUAGUUGACGCUUUUUCUUUUUUUUCUUUCAUUUCCCCCCUUUUUGUUUCUUUGUAAUUGAAUUAAUACAUAGUAAGCGUCGCUGGUCAUUGGUAAAUUUUUUUCAUACGACGUAUAACAGGUGUUAUUAUACGAUAUGAGAUGAAUUAUGUAAUUUAAAUGUUUCAAAUAGCGGUGUAUUAUUCGUUAGAGAUUAAUUUUGUCCGAACGCUUCUCAGUUACCAUGUGUAUAAUUGCGUUUUUUUUUUAUUUAGCCAAUUUCAUAUUUAACAAUUUUUUUUCUGCCCUCGUGUGUAUAUUUUCUUUAUUAUUUUUAUUUUAUUUUAUUUAUUUAUUUUUUUUCUAUACAUAGUUAUAUAUAUCAUAAAAAUAUUUCAAUCGAUGUUAUUAUUUAAACAUAUAAUACCAUAUUAAUUUAGUAAUUUAAGCAUUUUGUACUUUUUAACUACGUACUAUCAAUUUUUAACCGUUUAAGGUACAUACGACGAAGAUUUGUAUAAGAUGAUAAUUUCUAGCUUGUAAAAAUUGUAAUCGCUAUGUACAUAGAGCUUUUAUUUUCCUCAUAGUAGCCAAAACUAGUUCCAUUUAACGUACUAUUUAUUGAUAAUUUUUUUUUCUUACUUUCUUUAUUUGUAUUCAUUUUCCAAUAUGACAGAACAAAUUGUAGUUAGGUACUUGUUUUUUUCCCUCUUUUACAUUUCUAAACGAACACAUCACUUUUCUAUCCGUAAUUAUAACUAUGAAAACUUUUUUGUACGAUUGAAAGAGCUUAAGUUAUGUCUGAAUAGUCAUUUUUUUUUUAAACACUGGUUUGUUUAUAGUUCAUCGAUUGUGAACUUUAAUAACUUUCUUGUAUACUUUUUAGUUUAUGGAUAAUAAUUGAAAAAGUGUCGCUGUUCGUUACCUAAGUAUAUAAAAUAUGAGUUAGUAAUUUUCAUUGCGCUGCUUUAUUUUUAUUUAUUGAAUUUAUUUAUUUUAACCGUGUAAUAUUGUUAUUUGUAUAAAAUAUAAUUCUGCAAAAGAUACGUUGUACAAGCAUGGUUACGAUUUUGUAAAAAAUUUCACCUACAGAUGGAACAUGAAGUUGUGAUUCAUAGAGUUGUAUGUAUGUGUUUUGUUAUUAGCUGUUUAUGUUGUUAUGCGUAUUUUUGUUGAAUUAUUUAAAUUUACUUUACUACCGUAUACCUACACAGUAUGCGAAGAGUUACGAACAUUUGGAUUUGGAUUACAUGGAAUUUAUUUAUUUAUUUAUUAUAUUACGCGUAAUUUGAGACUUGGUCAUUUUUAAACAGUGCACUUAUACUGUCGGUUGAUCGAGAACUGGCGUGAACUUAAGCGACGAUUACUUAAACCAAAAAGGAAAAAACAAAUUUUACGAUGCCGAUGUUUUUUCGUUGUUAUUCAUUUCUCCGCUGAUAACAUAAAUUUAAUUGUAACUUUGUACAUAUUAAUCAAUCAAUAAAAUGUUUUAUUGAA